AUAUAUAGAUGUAUAUAUAUUAUUAGCACUAACAUCAUGAACACGAGAAUCUGUAUAUGUAUAUAUAAAUGUAAUUGUAGUUGCAUUACAAUAAUAUGUAUAUGUAUUUUCUUUUAAAUAAUGCACGGUAUGUAUAUAUAAUUAUGAGCCCAUAAAUAUGAAUAUGGAUAUAAUAUAUAUACAUAUAUCUAACUAACAAUAAUAGUUGUAUUACAAUAUUAGGAGAUUGAUGUGGCCAAGCACUUAGGGCUAGGAAAGGUACCCACAGUGUCCAUAUAUAAAUAUCAACCCCUUGGAAGGGCAUAGAGGCAACCCAAACAAUACUAACUCUCUAUCUCUCUCUUUGAUCUCCAUUAUCUAAUUUUCUUUUUAUUUUAUUUUUCCCAAAUAAUCUCAUAGUGUCGACAUGUCUCUCCAGCAGAAGAAUCAUGAAGAAGAAAAUGUUAUUAUUAAUAAUUUAGUAACUAAAAUAUGUGAUUUGUACUCACAAAUCUCAAACCUCGAGAGUCUAAAGCCUUCAAAAGAUGUCGAUACUCUCUUCACUGAAUUAGUCCACACAUGUAUACCAUCUUGCCCAAAAUUUGACAUUGACCACCUCCCCAAGAGGGUUCAAAACAUAAGGUCUAACCUUAUUAGGCUUUGUGGUGAGGCAGAGGGACUUUUGGAGUCUCAUUUCUCAACCAUCUUAGCCUCAUACAAAAACCCACUAAACAAUCUCAAAGUCUUCCCUUACUAUAACAAUUACCUAAAGCUUGGUCAUCUCGAGUACCAAAUUCUAAGCCAACAUUUAAACAACAAACAACCUAAAAAAAUUGCUUUCGUGGGUUCUGGUCCCCUGCCUCUCACGUCCAUUGUACUGGCCUCAAAUCACCUCACAAAAACCACAUUCCAUAACUACGACAUCGAUGUUUCAGCCAAUUCCAAGGCGAGUGCCUUAAUGGUUAACGAUGAUGAUCUGUCCACACGGAUGGUGUUCAAAAGCACUGAUGUCAUGGAUGUUACUAGUGAGCUGAGCCAAUACGAUGUCGUUUUCUUGGCUGCUCUUGUUGGUUUGGACAAGAAGGACAAAGUUAAAGUGAUUGAGCAUUUGGGCAAGUAUAUGGCUCCAGGCUCACUUCUUAUGCUUAGGAGUGCUCAUGGGGCUAGAGUUUUCUUGUACCCAGUUAUUGAUACAGAUUGUGAUCUACAAGGCUUUGAGGUUCUUUCUGUGUUUCAUCCCACUGAUGAAAUUAUUAACUCUGUUGUUAUAGCACGAAAGCACUAUUCUCAUAAUCCAAAGGUGUUGCAAAUGCCAAGUGUCAACUCCUCCUCCUCCUCAUUGAUUGCCCCAUUCAAUUGUAAUUGUCGCAUGAUGAUAGUACAUCCCAAUAACUGCUCUCAUGAGAUUGAAGCUUUCAAUCCUCUCAAUAUUCAUGGCAACAUGUUUGAGGACAAACGUUCGUGAAUUACUUCUACUACGUACUCAUCAUGAUGAUGAUGAUGAUCAAUUAAUGUUUCUCAAUCAGCGUAAGGUUUCAUAUCAUCAAUUAUCGUUUGUUUUUUCUGUUAUUAUUUUACAUAAAAUUACUGUGUUCCUCUCUUAUAUAUACAUAUGUGUUGGGAUCAUGCAUAUCAAACAUACAUAUUUACUUGGUAUACGUCGUACAAUAUAUAACUAAUAAUUAUGUGUUGUCCUAUUUUGUAUAUACAUCAAAAUAUGGUGACAUGUAAUUUAAAAAAAGGGGUUCAGUAUAUCUUGUGUCUAUAUAUGUAUAUGUGUCUGUACAUGUACUUUUUUUUUAAUAAUUUGCUCAUUUCAUGGGCAACGUGUGUUAUGCUUUCUUUAAUUAAUAUUUUCUUUCUUUUUUGUACUAGUUCUUUCAAGUUUAAUUUUGUGUAAAAUUUCUAAAUAUUAAUAAAGUGAAAUACUCUUUCAAAAAUUUGAUUGUGGCGUCUAUUAACAAUUUAAAAGAUAGUGAAUGCAAGACUAUAUCUCUCUUUCUCUCUCUCUCAUCAGAGUUAAUUAAUUUCACGUAAUGAUACAUACCCCGGUUAAU